AUGGCCGAAUCACAGAAAGAAGCGUCAUCAGCUACUGAUCCAAAGAAGAACAGUCUACCUGGUGCCCAUUUUCCCCAUUUUUUUAAAAUUUCCCCCUGUGCGGCAAUGAUAAUGGCAUACUUUUCCGCAGUCAAAUGAAAAGUAAAAUAACCAGACCACAUAACUAUUUUUCAACCAUGGACCCCGGUGCUAUGUUACAUAACCGUUUUACGGACGAAGCUUAAAUUUUUUAAUGGUAUAAGUUGGAUUUAUCUUUUUAAUGCAGCAGUGGAUGCCAAAAAUAAAGAGGAACUUAUUUUGACCUAAUUUUCCAGUAUUUGGCCUGUAGUACAUCCUAGAAGUAAGUUAUAUCUCAAGUCGUUAUGAAAAUCUAGAACAUGAUCUUACCUCUUUAUUGAAACAGAGGACUGCAAUGGAAAUGAUUUUCUUGUCUCGUGGAAUUCAGCAGCUGAGGACAAGGAUGAGUUGGGCUUUAGUACGGGAGCAGAUCCUCGUGAAAGGAUGAAAUUCUUUGACUUUGGCAAACUGUGAGAAAUAUAUUCUUAUCCUUCUUCAUGUUAAAAAAAAAAAACAAAUUCAUUUUUCUUUCGCAUCAUCCACAAAGGUGGAACACCCUAAAAAGUUGAACUUAUGGUUCAAUCUUUCCAACUAGAGAUGAUUUUGAGUUCGAUGCUGAAUUCGGGAAAGUACCAUCAUUCAAGUUGGAUAUGCCUGAUUUGGAUUUCUCUAGCCCCAAGAAAAGGUCAGCAAAGAGCAAAGAAAGAUCAAGAGGAGAAGCUAUUUCGGAAAAGCCAGAAAGGAAGGCCAAUUUUUCCUUCUCAUUUGAUUUCAAUGAGUACGUAGAUCAUGAAACUGAAGUCUUGAUUUAGUAGAGAUUUUUUAUCUUGGCAAGAUAUCAUUUAUCAAGAUGUUCUAGUGUAUCUGAUGCUAAUAAGUUUUGCUUGGAUCUCAGGUUGGAUUCAUUUGAUAUUGAUACGAAUCUGAUUAAAGAGGAAAAUAAACUCAAUAAAAUUAAUGAAAAUGAAGGUUCUGAUAUUUUUGUGAAUGAGAGUAAGAACUUUCAAAAGUCAGGGAUUGCCAAUUGUUUUAAUCGUGACGCUUCACUUGGCAGCAAGGUUGAACUUGAUACGAGAAAUGAGUGGGCCAGUUCUUCUCCAGCAGAACUCGACCAGAGUGGAUUGCCAAAAGAGUUAUGGGCAUCUCCAUUGAAGCCAAAAAUUAGUUCUAAUGGAAGCAACCAUGAAACUUAUCACCCGGAACAAACACUGAUGGUAGGCUCCAAAAUCCUAAAUGCUGGAAAACUGGUCCAGGAAACUUCUGUCCAAUCCAGUGAUUUUUUACGGCAAUCGGCAAAUUUGCAAAUUCAAACGGCGAGCCUAUCCUCAGUGACAGUUGAUGAGCACUGUCAGACAAUUGGUUCCUCGUCAGCUACACUUGAUGCUAAUUCAGAUGAACAAAAUGAUAACAAUUGCAUGAGAUUAGAAGGCAGUUCUCAAUCAAAGGCCAAUAGCCCCGUCAGAGCACAUGAUCCACAGUGCUUAACCGCGUUUUCCACGGAAAAUUCGCUCAGGGCAGAGAACGUUCCUGAGAAAAAUCAGGUGGACAAGAACAGUGUUGGUCAGGAAAGUGUCGUCUUUUGUGAACCACAGAAAAUACAGAAAGUCAUGGAGGAAAAUUCUUUAGCACCUGUCUGCGAUAAAUUCUCAGUUGGAGGAACGAGUAACAGAGAUCAGCGAAACGCGGGUUCAAAACUCCAAUUGUCUUUGAUUAGGUAUGCGAAAUCAUUCUGGUGGUUCAUUUCUGCUUCUCUCAAUCGUUCUCAUGUACUUUUGUGCAAGGUAUUUGUGGUUGGUUACCGCCUGUAACGUUUUUAUUUCUGGUAGUGAUUAAAUACUAUCUUCUGACGUUUAACAUCUAUUCGUUUCUUCUCUUUCUUUCAGAGAUUCUAAGUGUGAACAAUUCGCAGCAACGAAGGACAACGGAAGCACAAGCUUACAGCUUUUACUUCGAAACAAGACGGAGGCCACUGGACCUAAAGUAAAUUCAUCAAUAACUCCAAAGCAACUAUAUGCCAUCUGUAACAGGAAAAUGGAAACUACGAGCACACGUCAUUAUAACUUGCAAGGGUGAGUUUCUGGUUCGUGUGUAAUUUAAUUCUCUUUUUAUGAAUCAUAAAGUUUAAAGCAUCCUAACUUUCACCGCAGUGAGCACACAGGGCAUGGUGAACAAAGUGGAAGCUAUGGCGGUGCUUUCAACAGAUCGUUUGACCUAAGUAUGAAAAUUGUCCCUCUUACUGCAAAGAGUGACACAAAUCACGAGGACGAGAGCUCCUCACAGUAACAGACUUCUAUCUUCAUUUUAGAUUUCCAUAUUAGUAUCUUGGCACAAUCUGGUCCAUUAUUCUAUCAUUGAUAGAUUAAUCUGUGAAUUUAUUUAUGAUAUCUAGUUGUAUGACCAACCUAAAACUUGUUGUACUGGACUAUAAUAAAGCGCAUCAAAUAUACGGUACAAAGAAAAACGUCAGAUGAAAAUCCCUCUCUCUGAAUUGAAAAAUAUGGAACCCAAAUUUUGAAUCGCAGCAUAGUUAAAUGGCUUGUCUUCGGUGAAGAUGAAAUUUUGUUUUCCACGGAGGAGGAAGAUAUUUUCCUGAUUCACAAAACAGUUUGAGCGCCGUAUCUUGAAUCGUGACUUUUGAUUGUUUGAAUGUUUCUAUUUAACUUAGUAGAAACUGCCAUACUGAUACUCAAUGUAUCUCAGCUAUAAAUAUCGAUCUAUUGUUGCUCCACUUGUCAUUCAUCUGACAAGAAAUGGAUGGUGCUCGAAAGAAAACAUGUUUUCUUGGGAAUGGGAUUCAAAAUGCCACUCUCUUAGCUUCCGUGUACGUUCGUCUAUCUUAUAUGAAAAGUUCACAUUUUGCUCUCUGGAUUACAGUAUUCAAAGACCUGUUUCAAUCAGUGGACCAGUAAACAUCACAAGUGCUGCAUCGAGCAGUGAUAAGCGGGGAAGUUCUGUAAAAAGAUAUGAUCUUUAUAAUAUGAAUAUAUCAAGGUACCAUCAUUCUUUCUUUUUUCCUCUGCUUACAGGCUUGACUCAGUGGAAAACAUAUGUUCACAAUCUGAUGCUUUGCAAUGCAGAUAUUCAAAGAAGUCAGACGCUGUCAUAAUCGAAACAAAAUCAGAAGUCAAUUCAAAAGGAAAUAAGGCAGAAACAUUAACAUCACCUCUUGCAUCACACUCUGUCACCUUGGAGAAACGUGUAGUAUGGAGCCCAUCUCUGAAACGGAAAUCAAUUGAGGUGAAAUCAAUCUUUCUUUACCAAAAUAUUUCUUUUUUAAAGAUAUUCUCAGUACCGUACCAUUUGACCGUUCGGCAAUCUCAAAGGAUUUGGCAUACUUGGCUUGCAAGCUGCCGGUUCUCAUUUUCUGUUAGAAAUCCCUAUAAUUCCUCGGUGGCACGGAAAUAUCGUGUCCCACGGAUUAAUUACUGCAGCGCUGCUUGACUAAGCGCGGCGUUAAUCAUUAUCGAUCAAAUUGGCAACUCUUAGCAACUCUUUGCGUUGACAAGUCGUUCGAUUGAAGAUCUUUGCCUGUCCAUUUCUAUUAGGAACUGAAGUGAACUUUUCUAGCCACAAGGUGGUGCCCGUUCUUUGAUGUUUGUCCUCACAAGACAACUUACUUGACUGCACCACAUUUCGGGAAUCACAGGUAGACCCGGCAGCUGUAAAGUUCUCAAAGCGCGUUCUACAGUCCCCCAGUGAAGCAAGGUUUCGUCUCCUCGCAACGAUGAAUUAUGUCUCGCGUCUUUUUUUACUCUUAUCCCAUAGAAUGAUUACGUUCUUGGGGGAUGAUUCUGCAGGAAGUUGCUACAAAUUUCCCCCAUAAUUCUUCAUGGGCUGACGGUACUCUGGAGAAAGAAAACUCUAAUCUCUGUUGGACCGGCAGAUCUGGGAGUCUUGCUCGCUUAGUAUGAAAAACCUAAAAGAAAUUCUAGAUUCACGUGGCUGAUUCUUAUUUAUUUUGUGAUUUGGUAAGGGCCGACAGAAGGAGACUUCGGGAGGUUCUUACGGUGACGCGGACCUCGACGAUCAGAAUCGUUCGGUAGACGCUCACCAGGAGAGCAGUGCCAUGGACUUUGAAGUUCCUCUCCUAAACGAGAAUGAUGGGAACAUAGAGAAGGCUGAAGCAUGUACCAAGGAGCUCGAGAAUGUACGCAUUCAGACCACCACUUGGCUUAUUUUCUUCGAAUUAAAUGCACCCCCGAGGUAUAUUCUGGAGCACGGAUUCUUUGGCUCUGUAGAUCUGCAGCAUGCUGAGAAGGAAACACGAGGAGGCGAAGGAGCUACUGGUUCGCGCCAUCGUCACCAACAACUCGCUGCUGAUGCUGGAUCACCCACUCUACGAAGAGAAGAUAUCCUUCCUGUGCGGCCAUCCUGUCGACCCUUUCCCUCGCUGCCAUCUUCCCCUCGGAAGCCUGUGCUCCCUUCACCAAUUUGCAAACAUCCUUGCCCUUCAGAGACUCGCAGGAGCAUCGCUCUCGAAGAAGUACGAUGCCUGA